GUUCCCAGUCCUGCGCGCAGGGCGGAGACCCUGGUGACGGGGCCAGGACCCAAGGACCCGGGCUUCUGCGAAGAGCCGGCGGGUUCCACGAGGAGCUGGUCUGGUCCCUGCGCCCGGCCCCGGCGGCCUAGCCAUGUUCACUUUCGUGGUUCGCGACGAGAACAGCAGCGUCUACGCCGAGGUCUCCCGGCUGCUGGUCGCCUCCGGCCACUGGAAGAGGCUACGGCGGGACAACCCCAGGUUCAACCUGAUGCUAGGAGAGCGGAACCGGCUGCCCUUCGGAAGACUGGGUCACGAGCCUGGGCUGGUGCAGUUGGUGAAUUACUACAGGGGGGCUGACAAACUGUGUCGCAAAGCUUCUUUAGUGAAGCUAAUCAAGACAAGCCCAGAACUGGCCGAGUCCUGCACAUGGUUCCCUGAGUCCUAUGUGAUUUAUCCCACUAAUCUCAAGACGCCAGCUCCUCCUGCACAGAAUGGAAUUCACCCACCAAUCCCUAACUCAAGGACAGACGAAAGGGAAUUCUUCCUGGCUUCUUAUAACAAAAAGAAGGAAGAUGGAGAGGGCAACGUUUGGAUUGCAAAGUCAUCUGCUGGUGCCAAAGGCGAAGGCAUCCUCAUCUCAUCCGAUGCUGCAGAACUUCUGGAUUUCAUAGACAACCAGGGCCAGGUGCACGUGAUCCAGAAAUACCUCGAGCGCCCUCUGCUCCUGGAGCCCGGUCAUCGCAAGUUUGACAUUCGAAGCUGGGUCCUGGUGGAUCACCAGUAUAAUAUCUACCUCUAUCGAGAGGGUGUGCUACGGACUGCGUCAGAACCGUAUCAUGUUGAUAAUUUCCAAGACAAAACCUGCCAUUUGACCAAUCACUGCAUUCAGAAGGAAUAUUCAAAGAACUACGGGAAGUAUGAAGAAGGGAAUGAAAUGUUCUUUGAGGAGUUCAAUCAGUACCUGGCAAGUGCUCUGAACAUCACCCUGGAGAGCAGUAUCUUACUACAAAUCAAGCACAUCAUAAGGAGCUGCCUCAUGAGCGUGGAGCCCGCCAUCAGCACCCGGCACCUCCCUUACCAGAGCUUCCAGCUGUUUGGCUUCGACUUCAUGGUGGACGAGGAGCUGAAGGUCUGGCUCAUCGAGGUCAAUGGCGCCCCUGCUUGUGCUCAGAAGCUCUACGCAGAACUAUGCCAGGGUAUCGUGGACAUAGCCAUAUCGAGCGUCUUCCCGCCCCCUGAUGCUGAGCCACAGCAGAGCCAGCCAGCUGCGUUCGUCAGGCUGUGACAAGGGAGAAGCAUGGGG